CUCGCAGGGAACAGCUGUCCAGGCCCUGAGAUGGAGCUGUGCUUCUGGUUAACCAGAGUUUCUUUUCUGGCAUGUACUGAGAAGCGUGUGCACCCUUCACGUGUGAGUGCCCUCAGGGCACUGAGUAUCUUUGUUGUAGCAGAGCUGAUUUAGGGUGGUUGCUUCACGUUCUGGUGUAUCCUGUCUGCCUGUCCUCCUGAGCUCUUCUGGCUCCCAGAGGGUGUAACUGUACUCCGUGCUGGCAGUGGCACGCGUGGUGGCAUUGCUGACUCCCUCGCUGGAGGCCAGCCAGGAGCAGGCAGUUCUGUGCAGGGUCUGAGACAAAUCAGUACAAACGGACAUGCAACACCCAGCUCUGCUUUUUCCUCACCUGUACUGCCUGGUAAAUCUGGAAAAGGAGCUUUCUGUCUUGAUCUCCUGCAUGUUUCUGCUGGUUUUAUUGUGUGAGAGAUCUUUGCCACAUGUACGAUUGCUUUGUUUGUAAUUUGUAGUUGCUCGAAGGGAACUGCAGGUUAUAUUGCUGUUGGGGAUUUUUAAAGGCAAAAGUUUGUUGCUUAAUUGUGUUAUGAGCAUGGUUAAAAUUGAAAGCGUAACCAUGUUGUAUUUAUUCCUGUUCUGCCAUGACAGCCCAGAGCUGUAACACACCAAAGUGUUAUGCUUGAAAGAAUUUUCCUCAUUUGCAUGUGGUGUUGACUUAAACUUUUAACACAAAAUGGAAGUGUUUUGUUGUAGUUACAUUUUUCUGCAAGUGCUUUCUCCAAGUGUGCCCUGUGAAUCUGAUGUGGUUUAGAUUUAUAGCAGUGCUGAGUGUAUUCGCUGCCUCUGUCAGCUGCGAGAGCUCUCCCGCUGGGGCCGCUCCUCCCUGAUGGAAAAGGAGCAGCUGGGAAGGUGCUGUUUCAGGCUCUUGCUGGCAUUACAAAAAAAAAAAAAAAAAAAGGAAAAAACAAACUCCUCACACACACUUACAUUGGAGAGGGGGAACAAGGCCACGUGACUCCUACCAUCCUACCCUAUGUCACCGUGUGUGUAGGAGCGCUGACUGCUCCUGCCCAAUCAUGCCUGGAAUGCCGCUUGCCACUUGGGCUAUUUCUGCUAUCUGUCGCUCCCAGGGCUGCAGUGCUAACCGUUUGGCAGAUGGGACACUUUUUCUCGGAGUUUAUGUCUUUGGUUUUUAACUUCUGGCAGUGCCUGAAUUGUUGCUGUUCUCCCUCUCCUUUUCUCCUCUCUGUAAAACCAUGGCCCAUCGGCUGCGGUUUCAUUUUGGCUCUGGGAGAAGCAACACAGCCCCCGAAUCGGAGAUCCUCUCCCGGGAGAGAGAAGAUGACUUUUUCAUGGCAUUCCACACCUUGCCAAGAAGAAGCAGCCCUCAUGCGUUCUCGCGGCACGGAGCGGACGAUGGCGGCGAUGGAGGUUUGGAAGUGGGCUCCUUGAAGAGGAGCACAUCCAUGUUUAUCCCGCAGCUGCUGAACGGCGUCGACGCGCGCCCCACCAGGAGCUCGUCCAUGCAGAUCUCGCUGCAGCGCAAGGCUGCCGACGGCUGUGCCGACGAGUGCGCGGCUCCGGACUCUCCGGAGGAGACGCUUCCCUGGAAAUUCUCCGACUUCAGGGAGCGUUACGCGUUCCCCGCUGAAAAGCGCUCUUCUCUGAGCGCUCCGCAGGUGACUGCUGAGAGUUCUUCACCGAGGCUGCUGGAAGAGCUAGGGCAGCAGACAGAUGGAACUGUUUGCUGUAACCGUAGAAUGUUUUGUAGUGCUAAUCCCCAGAGCGAGGAGGCUCUGCCGAUUGCCCGGCAAGAAGAAGGGAGUGAAGCGGCUUCAGGUUUAAACAUAAGUGGAGUGAGGAUUCAGCAUCGGGCCUCAAGUGCUGAGGUGCCUCAAGUUACUCUACUUCCCUUUGGUCCUGAGACUCCAAACAGUGCUCCCACCUCUGAACCCCGGCGCUGGUCCUUGCAGCAUGUGCCAGAUCUGUCAGCAAAUUCAGGGAAAAAGUUCUUUGUUCUCCAGUUACAGCAGCCACAGACAAGCAGUACGGGCGCAGGAGGUGGAGGUAACUUUGGCUUUACCGGAACAAAAGGGGACAGAUUGGUCAGGUACCCUCGGAUACGGCUGGAAAGGAGUACUUCCUACCCUGUCCAGCCACCAGCAGAAGGAAUUAGCCCCACAGGUGAUGGGCUGAAUUCGGAGCUGCCUGGAAACAGCAGGAACAGGGCAGAAAUACCUAGAAGCAAUUCAGUAGAGCGGAUGCCUCAAGGGCAGGGAUGCUUGUUUAAAAUCAGACCAGAUCAAAACAUGAGGCAGCAGCACUUCAGGAUUCUUGUCACGCGUGGGCCGGAAGAACAAAGUCAGGGUGCUGGUAAGGAGGGUCGUGGCACCCCGUGUCCUGUGGCAGCCGGCACCGCAACCAGAGACGACUUCCUGGGCCAGGUGGAUGUGCCGCUCAGUCACCUCCCGACGGAAGACCCAACCAUGGAGAGGCCGUACACAUUUAAGGAUUUCCUCCUCAGACCAAGAAGCCACAAAUCUCGUGUGAAGGGUUUCUUGAGACUGAAGAUGGCGUAUAUGCCCAAAAAUGGUGGCCAAGAGGAAGAAAAUAGUGAUCAGAGGGAUGACUCUGAGCACGGCUGGGACGUGGUGGAUUCCAGCGAUGCGGCCUCGCAGCGGCAGGAGGAGCUGCCGCCUCCUCCGCUGCCCCCCGGCUGGGAGGAGAAGGUGGACAACCUGGGGCGGACCUACUACGUGAACCACAACAACAGGAGCACCCAGUGGCACCGGCCCAGCCUCAUCGACGUGGGAUCUGAGUCAGAUAACAAUAUCAGACAGAUAAACCAAGAGGCAGCUCACAGGCGCUUCCGCUCUCGGCGCCACAUCAGCGAGGAUUUGGAGCCAGAGCCUGUGGAGAGUGGAGACAUUCCUGAGCCUUGGGAAACCAUUUCAGAGGAGGCAAGUGCCAGUGGGGAUUCCUUGAGCUUGUCACUGCCACCUCCUCCUGCAUCUCCGGUGUCCCGGACCAGUCCUCAGGAGCUGUCUGAGGAGCUGAGCAGAAGACUCCAGGUCACUCCUGAUUCCAAUGGGGAACAACUCGGCUCUUUGAUUCAAAGAGAACCUUCUUCACGACUGAGGUCCUGCAGUGUGACAGACGCCGUCGCUGAGCAGUCCCAGUUAUCCCUGCAGAAUGGUCCCUCUAGGAGAGCUCGUUCUUCAACUGUCACAGGGGGAGAGGAGCCAACGCCUUCUGUGGCUUACGUGCACACCACGCCGGGCUUGCCUUCGGGCUGGGAGGAGCGCAAGGACGCCAAGGGCCGGACCUACUACGUCAACCACAACAACCGGACCACAACGUGGACACGGCCCAUCAUGCAGCUCGCCGAGGACGGCAUGGUGGGGCCGGGCACGAGCAGCAGCAACCACCUGAGCGAGCCGCAGAUCCGGCGGCCCCGCAGCCUCAGCUCGCCCACCGUCACCCUGUCAGCGCCGCUCGAGGGCAUGAAGGACUCUCCGGUGCGCAGGGCGGUGAAGGACACCCUGUCCAACCCCCAGUCCCCACAGCCGUCCCCCUACAAUUCCCCCAAGCCCCAGCACAAGGGGGCCCAGAGCUUCCUGCCCCCGGGCUGGGAGAUGCGCAUCGCCCCGAACGGCCGCCCCUUCUUCAUCGACCACAACACCAAGACCACCACCUGGGAGGAUCCACGGCUGAAGUUUCCGGUGCAUUUGAGAUCCAAAGCGUCUCUGAACCCCAAUGAUUUGGGCCCUCUUCCUCCUGGCUGGGAGGAAAGAAUACACCUGGAUGGAAGAACAUUUUAUAUAGACCAUAGAAGCCAGGUGUUGAUAUGUGGAGACAUUGAUACCAGAGACUUAGUGCCCUCCUACGGUACUGUACAUUCACUGGAAGCUUGCUUUAAUUGGCUCAUCAAGCUUUGUCCCUCUCUGACUUGUGAAGCAUUAACAUUUCCUCUCUGUGGUUUAUUUUGUUCUUGUUGAUAUUUUGGAUUUGUUGUUGUUGUUGUUGAUGAUCCCAUGGCUUAUUUGCACUUAAUAAAUUAAAAUAUAAACUAGGAAUAGAAAAUAAGAUGAGAAAAGAUCCUGUAGCCACAGCUCCACACAUAGGCAGUGGAGCAAUUAGCACUGAGAAGUACUUUCCUCUGCUUUCAGGUCUGUGGCAGUGCUGAUUCUGAUCUUAUUUCCUAUUUAGAGCAUGUGAAACUGCACCAGCCCAUUAAUAUUCUCCAGUUCUGUUAGUGGAGUUUUAGUGUAAGUGAUGUUUCAUUGUAGAUUUGUCUUCCUAGAGCAUCUCAGAACUGCUGUGUGAGUUUUGUUGGUGUUUGGAAACAAAACAGCCCACAAAGGCUGGGCUGGGUCUUCUUAUAAUAAUUUCUUCACAGCCAUAGCUAACUCUCAUAACCAUCAGAGAAGUGUGCACAGAGAGUUAAACCUAAACUUACCCAUGUUUGACAGAACUAGGUUUGUCCCUCAGUAUCACAGACUCCCACGCUCGUCCUUGGAGAUGACAAUAUUAAGUCAUUAUUAAAAGACUGCCUUUAAAGUAAUACCAAUUUUGAAAUGGUAUAAAUAGUUUUAACUAAACAUCAGAAAUAAUGUUGAGCACCCAAUGAACCUCUUCCAAAUUUCAGUACAGAGCUAUUCUCCUUUAUCCCUUCUGUAAUUGUUUUUGCCAACAGAGAUCUGGAAAUAUAACUAUGGCCAAUGAUUCUAAACUGCUGCCGAUAAGGAGUCACAGGAUAAAGGUGUCCCAUUUAAAACAUCUGUGUAACUGCUGAGCCUCCCAAUCUUUUAAAACUCUUUAAUUUUUCAGUCUCCUAAAGCUAUUUGAGCAUGUAUAAGUCUCUAAAAUGGAAUGUUAAAGUCAUACAUUAAUUAGAAUUCCUCAAAGAAUUUGUUAGGAAGCAAAAUUUAUGUGCAUCUGAAUUCUCCCUCUAGUCUCUUUUGAUCUGAGUGGAUUUAGCUUCUUAUAUAGCAUUUUUCACAAAAGUUCA